AUGCAAAAUUUUUUCAGCACUAUGAGCAAAAUCAAAGGUGGUGAUAUCGUGGAAAUGCAGGGCGACGAAAUGACACGAAUUAUAUGGGAAUCGAUCAAAGAAAAACUAAUCUUCCCAUUCGUUCAACUGAACAUUCAUUUUUUUGAUUUGGGAAUUGAAAACAGAGAUAUGACUUGUGAUAAAGUUACUGAGGAAGCUGCGCAAGCGAUAUCAAAGUAUCACGUUGGAAUCAAGUGCGCAACAAUUACUCCAGAUGAAGCUCGAGUUAAAGGUUUUAUUUGCUGUUAUAUUGACUAG